AUGCUGCCCCUCGUUGCCCUGUUUCUCCUGAUUGGGCAGUCAGUGUGCGCUACAACAGGGAACAGAGAGGAUCUGACCCUCAGCAAGGAAGCAGAGUCCUGGAUGACCGUGAACCUGAAGGGACUCCCUGUUGCCAGCAUUGAACUCCAGCUUCAGGAGUUGAAGAGAAGCAGAACCCGUCAGUUCUACGGUCUGAUGGGGAAGCGGGUGGAAGGUUAUCAGCUGGGACGAAUAAUGCAGGACCUCCUUGGCGCGAGAGGCUUCUCCAUAGAAGGAGCCUGCAGACAGGAGACACACCACGAGAGUGCAGAGCCCGGAGCAGUGGCCAGGGAAGGCCUCCAGAGUAAACAGGAAGACCAGACUCUCUCAAUCACCAGCAACGUGUAG